CGGACCGAACUUAAGGAGGGCAGUGCCAAGUUACGUCUUGCUGUGUCGUCGUCUUCACGUCAAUCAGCUGUAGGUAGCGUUAAUAAACCUUGGACCAAUAUGUCGUGAUUGAUGGAUUGAUUGUACCUGUGCAGUCUCUCCGGAACCAGAUCCUAGCUUGGCUCUUCAGUAUGGAACCACAUAGAAUACCAGGGCCUAAUGAUAUUUUCUCAGGUUUUGGGACAGUGCACUCAGACUCUUCGUCAUUCAACAAUGUUUCAUAUGCAAAUUCCUAUGGCCUGGGCCUGGACCCAGCCAAUGAAUAUGGCAGCUGUCAUAGCACAGCUAGUGAAAUUUAUUACAGUUCACCCUUCAUUCAAGAUCAUGCUAUGCUCCAAACAGAUGGUAUGCCUGCCCCUGUGGCACCUCGUGUGCACAUCAAUCCUAACUACCGGCCAAAAGUAUUGGGACACCAAUCUAUGAUCCCAAACAGACCAGCAAAUGUUCACAUUAAUCCUCAUUGGAAAGGUCGUGUGGAAUCUGCCUCCCAAAUUGAAGACAAUGCUCAAGGAGAAGGCUCCAAUGCACAAACAGUGGGGAAGAAGACCAUUUUUGUCAAUCCAAAAGUCUUGUCUCAGCUUAAUCUUAAGCAGCCUCCUCGUCCAGUAGAGACAAGACAGACAUCUGGUUUGCACUUCAAUAAUUUACCAUCUGAAAAUGAAAUUUCGCGUUUGUCAUCAAGACCAAGUGGUACCACUAUUAGUCCAAACACAAGUUCUGAAACCAAAAAAAUGAGGGAAGAAAUUUCCAAAAAGCCUGGUGUGGUUAAAAGUGUCACAGAACGUUCAUUUGUCGUCCUCAAUUCAAGAAAAUUAGUUCGCAAAACAAAUUCAACCCACUAUCACAAGCUUUUAAGUUCGGAAGUUAACAAGAGAAGUCCAACUGGCUGCUCAUCAACUCAGAAACUGGCCAGACAGGUCGCCAGCAAGUAUAAAUUAGUCCGCAGUCCAACAACUGCACAAAAUGUAUUGAAAACAGUCAACAGUGUACCAACUACUUAUUUCAGAAAAUCAGGAAGAAAAAGUGUUAAUCCCAGGCAUUCUUCAGUUUCAAAUUCCAAAUCUGUAUACAAAUUCAUUCGUCAACCUGAAGAUUGUGGUUCAUUCACAGAACAAGUGAAAGUGGGGAAGAAGCUUGACCAAUCAUUUGUGUGUCACACGCCUCGGAUACAGUUGGAAAAUUCCCGUUUAAGGAGGAGCUUGAAAUCCAGGUACAGACUUAUCAAAGCUCAGCCAAGUCAUCAUAAAGAACCGGCAGCAUCUCAAGAAAAGGCUCGGACUGAUCAUUCUAGGUAUAAAUUAGUACGCCAUGGCUCGGCAGAAUCCAAGUCUUCUUUUAGGAACUCCUCUAUGAGUAACUUUUCACUGUACUCAUCCCCAAUAAGAUCUAAAAAUAGGAGUUUAAAUGCAAACAAACCAUCUUAUGGAAGGAAAGUUUCAAGAUUCAGAAUAGUUCAGGCUUCUACGGCUAAAAGCAGGACUCAGGUUCUCAUGUCAGGUUCUGGAAGUCAUUGUCGUUCAAACUGUGUCAAAUCGAACUUCCUAAAGUCAGGGUUGUACAAAAACAUUUCAUGGCAAAAGGAGAGAUACCAAGCAGUAGGGAGAAGCAUUAAAAACAGUAGUCAGAAGAAUGAAAUGAGUACUUUAUCCUCUAAGAGUGUACCCAACAGAAGUCUUGUGAAUAUUGGUGGUGUACUGUACAGAUCAACCAGAACUACCCUAACUCGGACUUCUACUGGAAAAGCCAGGGAAAGAAUAUUGCAUAUACGUGGAAGAAGAUUUGUGAUGGAUGGUAAAGGCAAAACAAUACGUCCUUCUAGCACUGAAGAUAGUUCUGGUGCAAGCAGCAGUGGAAAGUUACUUGCCCGAGUUGACAUUGGAGGAGUUACUUUUACCCGAAGAAGUGACAACACCUUAGUACGCACCAAUACCCACUAUGCAAGAAACUUGCUGAGUCUAGCAAAGAUGAGGAGCAUAGCUUUGUUAACAGACAAACUUCGUAAAAAUAAUCAGCCAUGCUUAAUCUAUCAUCGUUUUGGGAAAUGCCUGGCCCACUUGGCGGGCAAAUGUUGGCGAGUUCAUGAUCCUCGAAAUAUUUCUAUCUGCCGGAAGUUUUUGCAAGGCACUUGUGAGAGUGAAAAAUGCCUUCUUUCUCAUGAUGUUGGACCUGAAAAAAUGCCAACUUGUCGAUAUUUUCUGGAAGGUUGUUGUGUUCGUGAUAACUGCCCUUACCUGCAUGUGAAACUUAGUGCCAAUGCUGAUAUUUGCCGUCAGUUUCUUCAUGGCUACUGUGAUGCCGGUGACAUGUGCAAGAAGAGACAUUUGUUCCUGUGCCCUGAAUUUGAGAAAGAUGGGAAAUGCAGUAAAGGUAGGUACUGUCCUUAUCCCCAUGUAAGCUGUGCAAAACGGAAACCUAGAAAGAAAAGGAGCACUGUUUUUAAGCAUCCCAAAGACACUGUAAAACUCAAGGAAAAUUGGAAACAAGUUAAUGAAUUAGACAAAUCCGCCUCCCUAAAAGAAACUGAAAAAGUUAAGCGUUACUAUGAAGGAAGUAGUUCUUGUGAGUUACUUAACAAAUCACAACUGGAUCAUAUGGAUUCGGAUUCUGAAACUUCAUGUGAUUCAGACAAAGGUACUAAUGGUGAGAAAGGUAAUGUACAAAGAACUUCAAAGAUUGGCAUUUUACCAGCCUACAUUCCCCUAUGAAUAUAUUUUCUUUUGCCUGCAUCUAUUUUUCGUGCCAAACUAGAAGCACCCAGUCCCCCUGCUGGUCUUCCUUGCGCUUCUGUUAAAUUUAUUAUUUGUAUUUGAGUUACUUAACCAUGGUACCUUUCAUUGAUACUUUUAUUUUUACCAUUACCUUACUGCAAGGCUGUGACCAGUACCUGCUAGUGACAAACCCAUUGCUUACCCAUUACAAAAUCAACAAGUCUACGAACUCUUGUCAGAUUUUCAUUUUGAUGUAGUUUAUUUGUGUUGUAGUUUUGUACUCAACAUUUUACCCUCCUUAAGAAAUAUUGCAUCUUAAGAUAAAUUAGAAGUUUAAGUAACCCAGAACCAGAAUGUUAACAUAUCUGAAAUUUAAUAAAAGUUGAUGGUGGAAAAA